UAAACCGUCAAAAAUGUUUUUAUCUUCCCUGAUUGAAGAAAUUUUGGUGCAGCUAAAGUUUUUGGCUAUGAAAGCAAUUUUAAAUUAUGUAGGGUGUCAUUUAGCAGAAGUGAUUUUAAUAAAUCUAAAAAAUAUUAAUGUACUUACUUAAUUAAUUUAAUAAACGACAAUCAAGAAAUGGAUUUUGGAACUGCUACACACACUGACUACCAAUGGCCUUUCCCGAAGCCCAUCGUAGGGAAGCCAUGCGAGCCGCCGAGUCCAACGGCGAUGCCCACCGUGCAACCGGCUCCAGUCGCACCAUACUGUCACUGCGACGCGCAUUCAUAUUCCCCGAGGGUCGAGCAAUACAAGCAAUUACUUGAAAAGGAGCAGAAGUUGUGUGAAGACUAUGAACAUUUGAGAAAACAGAUGGUGGACGUUACCAAUGAUAUAUUGGAUCACCCAUGCGAUGAUUUAGACAGUAAAAUGAUCACAAUGUAUCAGGCUACGUAUAAGAAGAGAUCUUUUCCUGUAGCUGACUACAGAACAAUCAUAGCAGCAUCACAAUCCACCGCUCCAAUACCGAUGGAAAGCAACCGCCUUGGCAUGCUGCGUUGCUACAAGGACCCGACGCACUUCACUGAAAACCCCCCUACUGUCCGACUAACCAUCCAACCUCCAGGAAAAGUACAUACAGGAGUUGCUCCCAAGUCAAUACAAACCUGGUUCACAGCGUUCCCCGGAAGAACUGAGUAUAUGGACACAUACAGUGCCUCCGCGAAGGCUUGUUGGAGAUCUAUGCAAAGAUUCAAAGAGCCAAUGCCAUCCACUAGGAGAAGAGCGGACGAUACUUGUGUUUAACUAAAAUGUCUAUUACCGAUUGUAUGAAUCAAUAAAAGGGAAGAUAAUGCGGUCGUUUCAAUUUCGUAAAAUUAUUGUGAAAUGUUUUUCACUAU